CAGGUGGACACUUAUUCAGUGUUUUACUGAGUCUUAUAUAAUAGAUUAGAGAUGUCUGAGAGUGUUCCUAAUGGUGUAAAUCACAAUGAUAAGCUGGAUAGAGGAGAGCUUGUUGAGAGGGUGGUGGAUAUCUAUGAGAGCGCAGAUGCUAUUAAAGGCCAUAAGCCCAACAUAGAGGUGGAGGACACCAACACAAAGAGCAACCUACAAACUCAGCACACAGGAGGAGACGCUGUAGAUAUCAGAUAUUACAAACUGGCUGCAGUGUGUCUGGGGCUGCUGUGUGUUAUUGUGUUGGCUGCAAUCACAGUGCUGCUCAUUGAGUUUGACAACCUGACUGUAGAGAGAGACCAGUUAAAGACCAGGUACACCAACCUGACUACAGAGAGAGACUGGUUACAAACCAGUUACACCAAUCUGACUGUAGAGAGAGACCAGUUACAGACCAACAAUACCAACCUAACUAUGGAGAGAGACCAGUUGCAGACCAGUAAAACUUCUUUGACAAGAGAGAGAGACAGACUUCAGAAGUGGAUUUUGCAACUUGGAUGGAGAUACUUCAACUCCAGUUUUUACUACAUCACUACUGGAUUGAAGAUCUGGAGUGAGAGCAGACAGUUCUGCAGACAGAGAGGAGCAGACCUGGUGAUCAUAAACAACAGGGAAGAACAGGAGUUUAUCAACAAAACAGUUGGUAGCACUGAAGCUUGGAUUGGUCUGACGGACAUUGAAACAGAGGGGACCUGGAAAUGGGUGGACAACACAACACUGACCACUGGGUUCUGGUGGACGGGGGAGCCCAAUGAUUUUAAAGAAAAGGAGGACUGUGUUAUAACUGGGUUCAGAGGUGCUGGAUCUGAAAGUGUAUCAACCUGGGCUGAUUUUCCCUGUGGUGAUUCACGACGUGGAAUUUGUGAGAAACGUUUUUAAGUGAAUAGCAGAAACUAUAUUAAUUUUUAAGAUGAGGAAACAAAACACUAGUUUUCAUUCAUCAACAUAUAUAAUAAUAACUUUUUCUUAGGACCUUUCUCAAGAACAAAUUUAAGA